AUGUUUGCCUCCAUUUUUGCUCCUGAAACUUUGGCAGGGUAUUGGAUUGUUCAAAACUCGGACGCAGAGUUUCCUGGAGAUGAGACGGACGAUGAGGAUGAUCUUCCGUACCUGGACCUGUCAGAGGUUCAUAAAGUGCAAGCGUCGUCGUCAUAUCCUUCCGUCGACACUAGGAAGAUUGCCAUGCCUCUUACAAGCCCAACCCCGAAACCAACAACUCAACCACAUGGAAUUCCCCGGAGAGCGCUCUCAUCAGUUUUCGCAGGACCCCCAAAGUCAUCUUUUCUGAAAGAUAUCAAGUUCCGGAAAAAACCUUCUUGCUCCACCACUCCAAUUGCUAUAGCUCAAUAUGCUGACCCUGGAAGCUCUUGCGAAUCCCUCUCCACGUCGUCUGCGUCUUACCCGUCAGUUUCGGUGCCAACCUCUUUCUCCGAACCAAUCUCGACCCAGUCAUGGUCCUCCUCAUCGUUAUCGGCUCAGUCCUUGCGAAAAAGCUAUUCUCAACCAGAACCUCUUAAAUUUGUCGAGUGUCAUUCACUCCCAGUAAAGGCUCAGCAAUUCUCAAUUCAACCCGGUGCAAGAUUGCUGAAUCCCCCUGGUUUAUCGGAGGAGGCGCUCGGGAAACGAAAGGCUUUAAACGAUAGAGUCAAACCUCACGUUAAACGGGGUGGUCCUGCGAAACCUCGUCCUUCCACUGUGCUCGCUAAUUCCAGUACGAGUAGGUAUCAAUCUCAUGUUUCACAUACUCAUCACGACGCGUAUCAUGCUCAAAAUCUGUAUGAAGCUCGCGACGACCAUCUUAUCCCAGGUUGUAUUGGGCAGCGUGGAUUUUCUUCGCGUACGUCGGCUGUUUCAGCCUCAGGUCCUAGUACGAGAUUCGGAGGUCCUCAGGUUUCUAAUGACCUUGUCAAGAUUCCAAGUUCACAAGGGAAUCAAAACGGACAUAUUCACCAGUUUUACUCUCCUCACGCUCACGUCCAGACCUCUACGCAAACUAAUGCGCACAUACCUGGAUUGACUUCCCCUCCACCUAUUGCGGUCGUCGGUAGUGCUUUUCUUGGAGAUGGCGCAGAAUUGGGAACACGCAUUGUGAUGGCUGCUGAGAAAUUUUCGGUGUUAUUGCAGAACGAUCCUCAGCAGGCGAAAGACGUCAUUGAAAUGUUGCAGCUGCAGCGUCCUGGUCAGACCAUUGCUACAUGUAAUACUUUACCUCAACCUCAGUUAAACGGAUCUUUGGAUGGUUUCCUGAAUAUGCCAAGACGUGACCCAGGGAUUGGUCACGAAAUAACCAACCGCAAUUCCAGCGUCCAUGGCGAUCAUAGAGGAGUUGACGUUGGGGAGUGGUUAAUUCCUAGCCUUGGUACGGGAAGAAUCCCAGAGGCCGGUGAUCAAGUGAAUUCUGGAAUUGAGCCUGGCCUUUAUUCUGGGCUUAGCCGUAAUUCCAGAGCCGAGAUUGAAAUUUCUACUCCCGACCACCCUGCGAUUCAAUUUGGUCAACAAAAGCAUACGUCCAUGCCCCCAGAUGCAGAUAUACUCGAUUCUUCCGAGAGAGUUUUUUACUCCAGUGAUCCACUUCCUCAUCGAGGUAAACAGAGAAUGAUUAGCGUUCAGCUAAAGGCUCGAACGCGGCGUAAUACGGACCCUCAGUCCUCUGCGACUUCACCCGUACCACAACCCCCUCCGCCUGUUCUCCAGAGUAACGCCGUAUCCGCUCUUUCCGCCACUCCGGCUACCCUGGCAUCUCCAUCUACAGUCUCAUCGUCCCUACAAAAAUUGAAGGCAACGCUGAAUAAUGGAGUCGAUGUUAUCGUUAUCUCUAUCGAGAGUGGGUCUGGAUUGCAGGCGAACGCAGUCCGACGUCGAGAUUAA